AUGCUCAUGGUUUUGCGCGAGAACUCGGGGUUCUCAGCGGAUGAGGAUGCUCAGUCUGGGGUGCGCGACGGAAUUGAAGGCUCGCGGCUGACCUGGGGAAUCGGGGCGAGCGCAGCGCCAGUUACAACUGCCGCUGUCGACCAGCGUAGUGUGGUGGUACGGGACGGCUUCUCUGAAACAGGCGAGAAGCCCGCGGCGACCAGCGAAAAGUUUCAUAAUGCUCAAGACAGGAGGAGCGAUGGAAGUGAAGCGCGCGAAGAAGUGGGUCUCGAGUCGACGGUCACUCUCUCUCGUGGGAGGGGGGAUCCCUUGGGGAGGCGGUCGAGCAGAGAAGGGGAGCGUCUCCUGAGAAGUGCUGGCAGAAGCGCUCCCGACAGGACACGGGGUGUCUGGGGCUCGGUAGCUCAUCCAGGUUCUCUGACACGGCGGAAAACUGCGAGUGUAUUUCUGGCAGUUGUAUUUCUCAUGGCCAGCGCAUGGGUAAAGUGCCUGCGCGUUUUGCCAGUGUCCGGCACCCCACGUCCGAAGGUGGGUGCCUCUCGCAGACGCCUUGGAGAGAGCGACAAGGGGCGUCUCCCCUCUGAGUGCGCCGCUUUGACAGGGUCCACAACCGGGGCGCAGGGUGGAGGCGGCGACCAACAGGCUGGGGCUGGAGGAGCUGACCCUGUCGUAUCCGGCGUGCCAGAAGAAGAGGCAGGACUGGCACUGCCCACAACACAAGCUCGAUCGGAGUCAGCGGGCCGAGAGACACAACCGGAAUCUGGUGGGACCUCUGGCAGAACACCGGAGGCGCAACGACGUCCACUUUACGUCCUCCCAGGACGGACCUUUCGCUUCCCAGUUUCGACAUCUGUUGGCAGCCAGGACAGUCGCGCCGGGGCGAAGGGCGGUGGACGAUUGGGAGCUCCGAGGGUGAAGGAGUCUGCCAAGGGUUCAAAGGCUGCUGCCCUGGGUGUUGCGGGUGAGGAUCAGGGAGAGGCCGACAAGGGGCCGAGACCGGCUCGCUCUUCGACACAAGAGCGUCAGGGUAGUGGACGCCCAGUGGACGGUCACAGCGGAACGGGGAGCGGACCCAAGGUGACGCGGCGUGUAGUGGCGGGUGCUUCACUUGGGCCUCGACAACGGAAGGUGGAGGGGCCUGGCAGCCCCGCUGACUCGCCAAGGGUACAGAGGCAGGGAGCCUUCGACCGUUCAGAGUCAUCGGCCCUCUUCCCUAUAUGGGUCUUUUUAGGCAGUGACAUUCGCCGCGGCGAACAGAAGGGCCAUAGUCGACCGGGACGUCCAAGCGUGAAGGAUUCUGCCAAGGGUUCAAAGGCUGCUGCCCUGGGUGUUGCCAGUGAGGAUCAGGGUGAGGUCGACAAGGGGCCGAGACCGGCUCGCUCUUCGACACAAGAGCGUCUGGGUGGGGGACGCCCAGUGGACGGUCACAGCGGAACGGGGAGCGGACCCAAGGUGACGCGGCGUGUAGUGGCGGGUGCUUCACUUGGGCCUCGACAACGGAAGGUGGAAGGAGCUGUCAGCCCUGCUGGCUCGCCAAGAAUACGGAGACAGGGAGGCUUCCACCGCUCGGGGCCGACUCCUUCAUUGCGGGUUUCGAUAUCUCUUGGAAGCCAGGACAGUCGUGGCGGGCAGAAGGGCGGUGGGCGACCGGGACGUCCAAGCGUGAAGGAGUCUGCCAAGGGUUCAAAGGCUGCUGCCCUGGGUGUUGCGGGUGAGGAUCAGGGAGAGGCCGACAAGGUGCCGAGACCGGCUCGCUCCUCGACACAAGAGCGUCAGGGUGGGGGACGCCCAGUGGACGGUCACAGCGGAACGGGGAGCGGACCCAAGGUGACGCGGCGUGUAGUGGCGUGUGCUUCACUUGGGCCUCGACAACGGAAGGUGGAGGGGCCUGGCAGCCCGGCUGACUCGCCAAGGGUACAGAGGCAGGGAGCCUUCGACCGCUCGGGGCCGACUCCUACAUUGCGGGUUUCGACAUCUCUUGGAAGCCAGGACAGUCGUGGCGGGCAGAAGGGCGGUGGAGGAUCGGGAGCUCCAAGCGUGAAGGAUUCUGCCAAGGGUUCAAAGGCUGCUGCCCUGGGUGUUGCCAGUGAGGAUCAGGGUGAGGUCGACAAGGGGCCGAGACCGGCUCGCUCCUCGACACAAGAGCGUCUGGGUGGGGGACGCCCAGUGGACGGUCACAGCGGAACGGGGAGCGGACCCAAGGUGACGCGGCGUGUAGUGGCGUGUGCUUCACUUGGGCCUCGACAACGGAAGGUGGAAGGAGCUGUCAGCCCUGCUGGCUCGCCAAGAAUACGGAGACAGGGAGGCUUCCACCGCUCGGGGCCGACUCCUUCAUUGCGGGUUUCGAUAUCUCUUGGAAGCCAGGACAGUCGUGGCGGGCAGAAGGGCGGUGGGCGACCGGGACGUCCAAGCGUGAAGGAGUCUGCCAAGGGUUCAAAGGCUGCUGCCCUGGGUGUUGCGGGUGAAGAUCAGGGAGAGGCCGACAAGGUGCCGAGACCGGCUCGCUCUUCGACACAAGAGCGUCAGGGUGGGGGACGCCCAGUGGACGGUCACAGCGGAACGGGGAGCGGACCCAAGGUGACGCGGCGUGUAGUGGCGGGUGCUUCACUUGGGCCUCGACAACGGAAGGUGGAGGGGCCUGGCAGCCCCGCUGACUCGCCAAGGGUACAGAGGCAGGGAGCCUUCGACCGCUCGGGGCCGACUCCUACAUUGCGGGUUUCGACAUCUCUUGGAAGCCAGGACAGUCGUGGCGGGCAGAAGGGCGGUGGGCGACCGGGACGUCCAAGCGUGAUGGAGUCUGCCAAGGGUUCAAAGGCUGCUGCCCUGGGUGUUGCCAGUGAGGAUCAGGGUGAGGUCGACAAGGGGCCGAGACCGGCUCGCUCCUCGACACAAGUGCGUCAGGGUGGGGGACACCCAGUGGACGGUCACAGCGGAACGGGGAGCGGACCCAAGGUGACGCGGCGUGUAGUGGCGGGUGCUUCACUUGGGCCUCAUCAACGGAAGGUGGUGGGGCCUGGCAGCCCUGCUGACUCGCCGAGGGUACAGAGGCAGGGAGCCUUCGACCGCUCGGGGCCGACUCCUCCAUUGCGGGUUUCGACAUCCCUUGGAAGCCAGGACAGUCGCGCCGGGGAGAAGGCCGGUGGGCGAUCGGGAGCUCCAAGCGUGAAGGAUUCUGCCAAGGGUUCAAAGGCUGCUGCCCUGGGUGUUGCCAGUGAGGAUCAGGGAGAGGCCGACAAGGGGCCGAGACCGGCUCGCUCUUCGACACAAGAGCGUCAGGGUGGUGGACGCCCAGUGGACGGUCACAGCGGAACGGGGAGCGGACCCAAGGUGACGCGGCGUGUAGUGGCGGGUGCUUCACUUGGGCCUCGACAACGGAAGGUGGAGGGGCCUGUCGGCCCUACUAGAUCGCCGCUGGUACAGACGCGGCCUCGCUUCGACCUGCCGGGGUCGGCUUCUCUCGUCCCGGUGUCGUCGUCUUUAAACAGCCCUGGAACAGAGACGGGCGCACGAGCACCGGGCGAGUCUGGCUCGGCCGAUGGGGGAGCGGGUUCCGGGUCUGUGCAGUUGAUUUCUUUGGAAGAGGCGCUGGCAGCCAUUUCAUCACCCAUCUCACCCACGGCGUCUCCAGAAAAGGAUCGGCGUGACGCGCCGCGCAAUGUGAAUGCAGCCACUCACGCGGGUGAAGGGUCUGAGGGUAUGGCGAGCGCGGAAGCCGUUUCGUCGCCUCCGUCUCGACGACGGCAGUGGGAUCGACCUCCUGGAUGGCCAGCGAAACGGAGGCGGUUUCGCGUCGAUCUGACGGGAUCGGCUCCUCUCGUUCCAGUGUCGUGGGUGUUGGACAGGCUUGUAUCAGAGACAAGUGAAAGUCGUCUCGCGAGACCGGGGUUGACGGAUUCGGCAGAGGACCGACGGGUUACACUUCUGGUCGUACCGGAAGACCGACAUGGUGAAGGACGCCCAGUGGACGGUCACAGCGGAACGGGGAGCGGACCCAAGGGAGCCUUCGACCGCUCGGGGCCGACUCCUACAUUGCGGGUUUCGACAUCCCUUGGAAGCCAGGACAGUCGCGCCGGGGAGAAGGCCGGUGGGCGAUCGGGAGCUCCAAGCGUGAAGGAUUCUGCCAAGGGUUCAAAGGCUGCUGCCCUGGGUGUUGCCAGUGAGGAUCAGGGUGAUGUCGACAAGGGGCCGAGACCGGCUCGCUCUUCGACACAAGAGCGUCAGGGUGGUGGACGCCCAGUGGACGGUCACAGCGGAACGGGGAGCGGACCCAAGGUGACGCGGCGUGUAGUGGCGGGUGCUUCACUUGGGCCUCGACAACGGAAGGUGGAGGGGCCUGUCGGCCCUGCCAGAUCGGCGGUGAUACAGACGCGGCCUCGCUUCGACCUGCCGGGGUCGGCUUCUCUCGUCCCGGUGUCGUCGUCUAUCGACAGCCCUGGAACAGAGACGGGCGGACGAGCACCGGGCGAGACUGGCUCGGCCGAUGGGGGAGCGGGUUCCGGGUCUGUGCAGUUGAUUUCUUUGGAAGAGGCGCUGGCAGCCAUUUCGUCACUCAUCUCACCCACGGCGUCUCCAGAAAAGGAUCGGUUUCAAGCGCCGCGCAAUGUGAAUGCAGCCACUCACGCGGGUGAAGGGUCUGAGGGUAUGGCGAGCGCGGAAGCCGUUUCGUCGCCUCCGUCUCGACGACGGCAGUGGGAUCGACCUCCUGGAUGGCCAGCGAAACGGAGGCGGUUUCGCGUCGAUCUGACGGGAUCGGCUCCUCUCGUUCCAGUGUCGUGGGUGUUGGACAGGCUUGUAUCAGAGACAAGUGAAAGUCGUCUCGCGGGACCGGGGUUGACGGAUUCGGCAGAGGACCGACGGGUUACACUUCUGGUCGUACCGGAAGACCGACAUGGUGAAGGACGCCCAGUGGACGGUCACAGCGGAACGGGGAGCGGACCCAAGGUGACGCGGCGUGUAGUGGCGGGUGCUUCACUUGGGCCUCGACAACGGAAAGUGGAGGGGCCUGUCAGCCCUGCUGCCUCGCCAAGGGUACAGACGCAGGGAGCCUUCGACCGUUCAGAGUCAUCGGCCCUCUUCCCUAUAUGGGUCUUUUUAGGCAGUGACAUUCGCCGCGGCGAACAGAAGGGCCAUAGUCGACCGGGACGUCCAAGCGUGAAGGAGUCUGCCAAGGGUUCAAAGGCUGCUGCCCUGGGUGCUGCCAGUGAGGAUCAGGGUGAGGUCGACAAGGGGCCGAGACCGGCUCGCUCCUCGACACAAGAGCGUCAGGGUGGGGGACGCCCAGUGGACGGUCACAGCGGAACGGGGAGCGGACCCAAGGUGACGCGGCGUGUAGUGGCGGGUGCUUCACUUGGGCCUCGACAACGGAAGGUGGUGGGGCCUGGCAGCCCUGCUGACUCGCCAAGGGUACAGAGGCAGGGAGACUUCGACCGCUCGGGGCCGACUCCUACAUUGCGGAUUUCGACAUCUCUUGGAAGCCAGGACAGUCGCGGCGUAGAGAAGGGCGGUGGAGGAUCGGGAGCUCCAAGCGUGAAGGAGUCUGCCAAGGGUUCAAAGGCUGCUGCCCUGGGUGUUGCCAGUGAGGAUCAGGGUGAGGUCGACAAGGGGCCGAGACCGGCUCGCUCUUCGACACAAGAGCGUCAGGGUGGUGGACGCCCAGUGGACGGUCACAGCGGAACGGGGAGCGGACCCAAGGUGACGCGGCGUGUAGUGGCGGGUGCUUCACUUGGGCCUCAUCAACGGAAGGUGGUGGGGCCUGGCAGCCCUGCUGACUCGCCAAGGGUACAGAGGCAGGGAGCCUUCGACCGCUCGGGGCCGACUCCUACAUUGCGGGUUUCGACAUCUCUUGGAAGCCAGGACAGUCGCGGCGUAGAGAAGGGCGGUGGAGGAUCGGGAGCUUCAAGCGUGAAGGAGUCUGCCAAGGGUUCAAAGGCUGCUGCCCUGGGUGUUGCCAGUGAGGAUCAGGGAGAGGCCGACAAGGGGCCGAGACCGGCUCGCUCUUCGACACAAGAGCGUCAGGGUGGGGGACGCCCAGUGGACGGUCACAGCGGAACGGGGAGCGGACCCAAGGUGACGCGGCGUGUAGUGGCGGGUGCUUCACUUGGGCCUCAACAAGUAAUGGUGGAGGGGCCUGUCGGCCCUACUAGAUCGCCGCUGGUACAGACGCGGCCUCGCGUCGACCUGCCGGGGUCGGCUUCUCUCGUCCCGGUGUCGUCGUCUAUCGACAGCCCUGGAACAGAGACGGGCGGACGAGCACCGGGCGAGACUGGCUCGGCCGAUGGGGGAGCGGGUUCCGGGUCUGUGCAGUUGAUUUCUUUGGAAGAGGCGCUGGCAGCCAUUUCGUCACCCAUCUCACCCACGGCGUCUCCAGAAAAGGAUCGGUUUGAAGCGCCGCGCAAUGUGAAUGCAGCCACUCACGCGGGUGAAGGGUCUGAGGGUAUGGCGAGCGCGGAAGCCGUUUGUCCGACUCCGUCUCAAGGGUGA